GAAACGUUGCGGUUUCUUUCGUACAGCAGGCGGUGUACACGGCGUAGAAUACGUGUUCCUCGACAAGUAAUCGUAAGAUGACGAAAAUGAAGCCAUAUUUUCUCCCAAAAAGACUGGAGAAUCCUCGUAAUUCAACCCACGAAGCUCCCACAGGCAACUGGAUCAAUCCCAGACGAGUUGCAAUUGACAAUGCAAGAUAAUUUCCAUCUUUCUGAGGCUUCUUAUUCCGCGAACAAAUUUGUCAUAAAAUUAUUUGGCUACUUCAUACGUUUUUGAUGCACGAAUAUUUUUCAACCCUUUUUCUCGGAGUUCAUUAACAAUGUCAAAUCUGCAGUAGAAGGGCUAAAUUAUGAUUCAAUCGAGAAUUGCCGCUGACGCCGAAAAUAGGAGAUUUGAAGAGAAGGUAACAGGAGAGUAGGAGUUCACGGGACUAACCUGACAAUUCGACUGAUACCUCUUUGGGUUUCAUGUGCUCCCCAUCAAAUUCUUCAAAAUACCGUCUGAAUAAGCGUGUCCCUACACGAGAUGUAGUACGGUACGUGUACGGCGUACUGCUGCCGGCUGCAUGUUUUUUUGAAGGUUCUUCUUUUUCAUGUCAUUCGUCGGUAUUCAGUGUUUCCACUAAUUACGUUAUAUUCAAUAAUCGCUGAUAUGCUUGAGGCCUCAGGACAAAAUUAAGUGUGUUAAGUUGGUGAAAUUUAUUGGCCGAGACGAAGAAAAGUGAAAUAAGUCGAAUGAAGAGGUUAGGUUCACUGAUAUUUUCCCAUGAUUUUUAAUUUUUGAUAAAUUAGUGAAAGUGCAAUCUUUGGGGGUUUGAGAAGAGGUUAGUAAAUGGAAGAUUUUCUUCUCAGAGAGGUUGAGAGAUUUUCGAUGCAUUGAAGAGAUUGAAACAAAUAAUGAAUUGUGGAACAUGGAGAUCAAGAUAGAGUGGUUUACAGGAUAAUUACAGAGGAAUAGAAUAAAAUUUUUCAAGAGUCAGAAAUUAGCAAAAUUGAAAGAUGGAGUUGGACCAGGCCUGUCCUCGUUGCAAGACAACGAAAUAUAGAAAUCCCUCCUUGAAGUUGAUGGUAAAUGUCUGUGGGCACACUCUCUGUGAGAGCUGUGUGGAUCUCCUCUUCCUGAAAGGUUCAGGAUCAUGUCCAGAAUGUCUGAUUCCCCUUCGCCGUGGCAACUUCCGUGUGCAGAUGUUCGAGGAUGCAAUGGUAGAAAAAGAAGUGGACAUACGCAAAAGAAUCCUCCGAGACUUCAACAAAAAGGAAGACGACUUCGCCACCCUGCGCGACUACAACGACUACCUCGAGGAAAUUGAAACGAUAAUCUACAACCUCUCCAACAAUAUCGAGGUCAUAGAGACCAAUAAGACAAUAGAGCAGUAUAAACGUGACAAUCGCGAGCAGAUUCUCAAGAACAAAAAUAAAAUGGGGAGAACCGAAUCAGAACUCCAAGAGUAUCUCGAGCUCGAGAAGCAACGAGAAGAAGAGAGGAAGCUAGAACUAGCUCGAGAAGAGCUAGAGAUAAAGAAGAAAAAAUUGAGAGAUAAAGAAGCAUUGAUUGACGAGCUCAUGUUUUCCGAGGGGAAUGCCAAGAGUAUCGUCGAAACCUUCCAGUCCUCGAUUCAAGCCUCGAAGGAAACAUCGAAGGCUCCAUCUGCCCCAAGAGCAACUCAAUUCAGUACUGGAAUUAAAUUCGGUCAGUCAGCAGGUCACAACUUCCUCCCAGUUUCCAAGGACGAUGGGCCUCUCUACAGCUAUACCCCCCUGGCUAUGGAGAUCGAUGGCCCAACACCCCCAACACUCAGAGAAAUCACUUCCCAUGGCUACAUCAACCACGUCAGGUCUGAAACCUCUCCUGAACGCGCUGGAGGUUUCAAAGCCACGAUUGCUUGCCUGCGCGCCCUCCAGGAGGCCAUGGCUGGACUCUACCACAAUCCUUCACAGAGGAACGAACCUAUGGCGUUGUGACAUUUAAUUUAUUGUAUUUAAUUGAGUAAUUAUAUCUGUAUCAUAGUUUUUGUACUUUUCAUUCUAUUGAAGAGGAGCUAUAUUUUUUGUGAAUGAUAUUGUUAUCGUGAGAGAAUAAAGUCUUUCCAUGAUAUUAGAACUCAGAACAAA